GUUGGUUAUACGGGAAGCGAUUUGAAUAUUUGAAAUUAAUAAUGGAUAAUGAAAUUGCUGGAACUAGAACGUUUUUCGGCGUUUACUUGCUAUUUUGUACAAACAUUAAAUACAAAGGUCGGACAUAUAUAGGAUAUACUGUUAAUCCGAAUAGAAGAAUAAAACAACAUAAUAAGGGCAAAAAGUCUGGAGGUGCUUGGCGAACAAGCAAUAAAGGGCCAUGGGAAAUGGUUUUGAUUAUCCAUGGGUUUCCAAAUGAUAUUUCUGCAUUAAGGUUUGAAUGGGCAUGGCAACAUCCGUACAGAUCACGACGACUGAAACACAUUUCUAAGAAGAAGCCAAAUGAAAAAAUGUAUGAUUUUUGCUUUAGAAUCUUAACCGAAAUGCUUCAAGUGGGACCAUGGAAUCGUUUGCCUCUUACUAUUCAGUGGUUGAAACAAGAGUAUGCUAGAGAUUUUCCUGUAAACGGUUUGCCACCUCUGCACAUGGCCAUUGCUUUUGGCCCUUUAAGUGAUUUUGAGGAUGAUUCCAGUAGUACUUCAAGUGUGUCUAGUGAUUGUGAUGCUGUGGUUUCAGAAUUAAAAAAGAAAGAAAAUAAAAAUGAAGUAGGACAUGAGUGUUACUUGUGUAAUAAAAUAAAUAUACAGAAAUAUGCUGUUACGUGCCCAAUAUGUGCAGUAUUUAUGCAUAUUAUUUGUGUUGCAGAUGUUUUCUUACAUAAUGAAGACCUUAUUCCUGUCUCUGGAAAUUGUCCAGCAUGUAAGGCCAUAGUGCUUUGGAGAGACUUGGUACAAAAUAAAGCUCUAUUUUCUUAACCCA